AUGGAUUAUUAUUCAUUUGAACGAAGACAUCGGCGACGCCGAAGACAUCGAUCAACAUCGUUUCACGAGAUCGCUUCCGAUGACAAUGAUGACGAUAUUGAACAAGAAAUCAUUGAUCGAGCUAUGGAAAUUGAGAGAGGUCGAGAAAAAAGUCUACGUCGUCAACUUGAAUACAUCGUUCAUUAUGUUAAAAAAUUAGAAAGACGACGUCAUGAACGCCAACGAAUGCGAUCUGUCGAACACAACGUGAUGCCAACUAGUCCUUCUCAUCGUCGAAAUUCCGAUUCACAUUCGCAUUGGGACUCAUCAUCAGAACGAUUCUAUCAAACAAACGAUUCAAGUUAUGCAGAAACCAGAAUUUGGUCAAGAUCAAAAUUGAAAAAAAUAGCAUCGUAUCAGAUUACUAUGAAUUAUCGAGGAAUUCAAAGUCAAAGACAUGGUGAUGAAAUCAUGGUUUUACAAGAAAAUAUAAUUAUCUUUAAAGGAUUUCUUCGACCACAAGAAACAUUUACAUUUAAAUUUGAACGUCAUUAUCGUCAAUUAAAUGUUAAAUUAGAAUUUUUUAUUAAUGAACUAUGUGAAUGUUGUUUAACGAUUAAUUGUGAACGAAAGCAAAUUAAUGAGCAAAAUGAGUUUUUUCAAUUAGAAGCUAUCCACUCAAAUGAAUCAAACGAAAAAUUUCAAACCAAUGAUGAAGAACAAUUCAGCAGUGAAACAGAAAAAUCAAGUCCUAUCGAUUAUUGUCGACGACGGCGGCAUCAUAGUAAUAGUUCGAAUGUACCAACAACAAAUGAAAGAAAACGAGCACAAUGGCAUAACGGUGAUUAUCAUCGUCAUAAAUCUAAAACACAACCGCACUCUUUAUCACUUUCAAUAUCAAGAGAUGAAAAUAACACAUCGAGAGAAAAUUCAUGCGUUAAAAAAGUAUCUCAAAAUAAUCCUAGUCCAUUUCAAACACUCGUCACAGAACAACGCCAAUCAGCACAUGAAGAAAUCACUAAAAAUAAGCAGUCUAAACCUAGUUCUACUCAAGCUUCUUCAAGACUAGCUAGCGAAUCAAGUCCAAGAACAAUAUCUACCAAUGAAAAAAAGGCAACUAUUCGUCAUAUAAUCAGUUCAGAUAACGAUGAUCAAGACCAAACAUUGCAAGAAAAUGAGAGAAAAAAAGCAAGUUACGGUCCUCCUCAAUUAUCGGCACUUGGUCGUUCUGAUUCUGAGUCUAUCUCAAAUGAAUUAACAAAUACUCUAAAACAAGACGACGAAAAACCUUCCACAGAAAUAAUAAAAAAAUCUGAAUCUUUAUCAGAAGAAAAAGAUACAAAUGAAGAUGAAGAAAAUAAUGAUGCUAGUGGUUUUCUUGGUUUUCUUCAACUCUUACAAUCUAUGUCUGGCGGUGGUAUUCAUGUAUCAUCAUCGAACGAUGAUGGUGAUGAUAUACAAAGUUUACUUGCUCGACUAGGAAUUGUUAGACAGACGAAUUCAAGGAAAAAAUCAAUUCACUUAACACCUCGUCUAAUUGGAAAUACUGAAAAUUUUCUUCUUAUUUAUUUGAAUUCAACAAUACCUGAAGAUUCAUUAGUAAUGGAAUUUCGUUCUCUCGUUAAUUAUUUAAAAAUAUUUGAGGAUGUUGAUGACUGUAUUGCAUUUAUAAAUAACAUUUCAAAUGAAAAAAUUAUUUUUAUUGUUAGUGAUGCAUUAGGAGAUCCUGCUGUAUCACGUAUACAAGAUCUUCAACAAUUAUUUGCUGUUUAUGUUUUAUGUCAAACAAAAGAACAAGCCGAUAGUUGGUCAACAAAUCAACCAAAAAUUCGUGGAAUUUCUAUUGAUAUCAAUCAAAUACUUGAACAAGUAAAAUUGGAUAUUCAAAAUGAUGAAGAAUCUAUUUUACCAUUUACAUAUAUAUUGACAGCCGUAAACGCAAAAAAUGAAUCAUCAUUUGUAAAAAAUCAAAUAUUGAAAGACAUUUUACUCGAUUCCGAUGAAAUGAAUGAAGCAAAAAAAGAAUUAAUUGAGUUUGGUCGAGUUGAAUAUGCUGAUAAUAUAGAGCAAUUAAAAUGUAUUGAACAGUUUGAAAAUGAAUAUCGAAAAGAAAAUACCCUCGAAUUUUUUCGAAAGGAAUAUUUUCUUUAUAAAAUGUUAAAUAAGGGUUUUCGAAUACCUGAAGUUGAUAUUUUAUUUAAACUUCGUUUAUUUAUUCAAAAUCUUCAUAACUUUAUUAUUUCAUCGCCAACUAAUUCAACAAUUAAAACACUUUAUCGAUCACAAUUCCUAACAAAUAAUGAACUUGAUGCAAUAAAAAAAUGUGUUGAUGGUGGUUUUAUUGCAUUUUCAAACUUUUUUAUUGCAUCGAUUAGUUAUCCUGAACAAAAGUUACGAUCAUCAUCAUUAUUAACAGACGAUCAACAGGAUUCUUGUGGAGAAGACGUCAUUUUUCGAAUUGAUGUAUCAAAUAGUAAUCAUUUUAUGUCCUAUGAUAAUCAAAUUUUAGUUACAUUUGGACUUAUUACACGAGUUGAAAACAUAGAAAAAGAUAAAAAUGGAAAAGCUGUUAUAAAUUUAAAAACAGUCAAUGUUGAUGAUCAUCAAUUAGAAAGUAUUAUUGAGCCAAUGAGAAAAGAAACUCGAGCUCCUCAUCCAUCACUUCGUGUUGUCAAAUUAUUUAUGGAACUUGAACAAUAUGCAGAAGCUAUUCAACUUGGACAAGUUUUACUAGUUGAAACACCCAAUGCGCGUAAAGAUCCUCUUUUAGCUUUAGCCCGUAUUUAUCAUUCAUUAGGUACAACCUUAUAUGAAAAAGAAGAAUAUGAUCAAGCAUUAUAUGUGAUUAAAAAAUCUCAUGACCUUUAUUUACGAUUUCUACCAGAUGAUGCUCCACAAUUAUCUCCGACAUGGAAUAAUAUGGGUUCGAUUUAUUUGCGACAAGGUAAAACAGAUUUAGCAUUAGAAUAUCAUGAAAAGGCUUUGUCUAUUCAAUUAAAAUCACCAAGUCCAGAUCUUCCUUCAAUAAUAUCUUAUUCGAAUAAUAUAGGUGGAGUUUAUUUAAAAUUAGAACGGUAUGAUGAAGCACUUGUACAUUUUAAACGUGCUUUACAAAUUGAAGAACAAACAUUACCAAAAAAUCAUCCAGAAUUAGCUGGAACAUAUCAUCGUAUUGGCGGAGUUUAUUUUCGUCAAAAUAAUUAUGAGAAAGCGCUCGAAUUUUAUGAUAAAACAUUAGAAAUUGAACUUGCUUCUCUGCCUGAUAAUCAUCCAACUGUAGCUGUUACAUAUCAUAAUCGUGGUACAGCAUUUGAAGGUUUAGGAAAACUAGAAGAAGCAAUCGAAAGUGCAGAAAAAGCCGUUGAACGCUUACUGAAAACACUACCUAAAGAACAUCCACAAGUGCGCAUGAAUCAAGCUUAUGUUGACAGACUGAAACAGAAGCUCUGGGUUAAGCAACUAUUUACAUCUUAA